AUGUGUGAAACUGGAUGGGGUGAUAACGGAGAUUUCUGGAGUUAUGACUUUCGAAUGAUACUUAGCGGAGACAAGCAAGAAAAAAACGGAGUUGGAAUAUUAUUAAACAAAGUAUGGGAACUACAAGUAGAAAAUACUUAUCAUGUGAAUGAUAGAAUAUCACUUAUUAAAUUGAAGACAUCCACAGUAAACAUGAUAGUCAUCCAGGUAUACUUUCCAACCUCGAAUAGUCGUUCCCGGGUCGUUCCACCAUUACCUGUAAUUUAA